UCCAGAAGAGUAUCCGUUAAAAUGAUUCGUAAUCUUCGGGAAAUAUUAAACGUACUCGAACUAGCUGGGACGAUAUCAUGUACGUGGCCAUUAGAUCCAAAUACUAAAAGAUGGAAAAAAGUUGCCUAUAAUAUUCGUUGGACCUUUGCUUUUGUCGACAUUGUGGUGGUGUCGAUAUUGCUGCUGAUUAAGAUGUAUUACAUUCGACACGACAUUGUCGAGCUGACGAAAGCAAUCAGCUUGCUAAGUGCCAUUACGGAUGGAACACUCAACCUGUUCUUUUGUAAAUUGAACGCCUCGAAACUGCAGGUUCUGAUCGCUAAAGUUAGGAAGUAUUUAGAUACAGCUAACGAGAACGAGAACAAACAAAUCCAAUUUUACGUGGAUCAGUACAAGGUAGUCCUUUCAGUGGUAGGUAUGUCAUAUAUCAUCAAUGGAUCUUCAUUCAAUUUGCUGCCGUUUUAUACGGAUCAAGUGCUACCAAUAGAAUGUUGGUACCCGUUCAGCAUUGAAACCCCCGCGUUGUACUGUGUUGCUUACGUUUUGGAAGCUUGCUGCGUCGUGCCAACAGCUCUCGCGAUCUUUAUCGACUACAAAGUCAUGUCCCUCCUUUUCUACAUCGCUGCCAGACUAAAUGUAUUAGGCGAGAAGUUGAAACAAGUAGACAACUACGAGCAGCUGGCAAACUGUAUUGAAGAACACCAAGAGUUACUAGGAUUUUUAGAGGAUACUCGAGUUGCUGUUAAGGCUUUGUUAUUUAAGGUGGUCGUCACAAUGGGAGCCACUGUCAUAUCAGCAGGAUUUCCCCUGCUUUAUAUGGACGACCCAAUGUCAGACCUUCAAACUGUGUAUUCCCUUGGUUCUUUCGUAAUAGUAGGCGCUGGGCAUGUGUACCUUCUUUCCCGGCCAGCAGAAGAUUUAAAAGAAAGUGGCAUACAAUUUGAGACAUCGAUAACCGAUAUUCAGUGGAUAGGACAAUCAAAAGGAUUUGGCAGCAGUGUAGUGAUCAUGUUGCAGAGAAGUCAAAAACCGUGUAUAAUCCCAUUGGGUUUGAUUCCAGCUCUUUCGAUGGAAUAUUUUACAUCAUUCUUAACUACCAUAUAUUCCUACUUCAUGGCUAUGAGGACGAUGAUUGAGGCAUAAGUUCCAUGGUAUAUAUCAAUCAAAUUUUGUACGAGCCUGACAAAAUGAUAGUAGAAAACUUUGCCAAGCUGGAGCUAUUAUUUCAAGAAGAUGCGAAAACUUUCAGUGACUAACAUACCUGUUCACGAGGCAUUGACGUUUAUCCCUCAUCAUUUAUUAACAUAGCAACAUUUUAAAUGAUAACAUUUAAAUUAUAUCCUCAAAUAAAAC